AUGCACUGUUACGUGAGCGUCAGUUUGGUAAGCAUGAGGCGCAUACUCAGUGCGAAUUUAUUAUUGAGGCAGUUUAGUGUAUUUGGUCGAAACCCUCCGCUACAUGCCUCCGUGACAGCGGCUCAACAACGCGUCUGUGCUCUGAACCUCUGCAGGAAGUCAACGAGUGACCGCACAAACAUGGACCUGAGCAACAUGAGGAAGAAAUACAAAGGAGAUGAGGAGUGUUUCGAGGAGAGUCAGCUGGUAUCUCUGGACCCAAUCAAACAGUUUGGAAACUGGUUCGAUGACGCCACAAAGUGCCCUGAAAUCGGAGAGGCCAACGCCAUGUGCAUCGCCACAGCCACCAAAGAUGGACGUCCAUCUGCUCGUAUGGUCCUCCUGAAAGGUUACAGCAAUGAGGGUUUCCGGUUCUUCACCAACUACGAGAGCAGGAAGGGUUCUGAGCUGGAGAGUAAUCCAUACGCAUGUCUGGUUUUCUACUGGGAACCCAUCAACAGACAGAUUCGCAUUGAAGGCACCGUGGAGCGAAUCCCCUUCCAGAGCUCCUGUGACUACUUCCACUCCCGGCCGAAGAGCAGCCAGAUCGGGGCUGUCGUGAGCCGACAAAGCACACCUGUUCCCAACAGAGACUAUUUAAGGCAGAAAAAUGCAGAACUGGAGGAGAAGUACAAAGACACAGAGGUGCCGAUGCCUGACUAUUGGGGCGGCUACAUCGUCAGGCCUUACCAGAUUGAGUUCUGGCAGGGUCAGACCAACAGACUUCACGACCGCAUCGUCUUCACCAGGCCAAAGGAUGGAGAGUCCGAGCUGGGGGAGUUCCAGCACCCUGCAGAGGGAGGGUGGGUGUACCAGCGACUGUCCCCGUGAGAAGCACCUCAACUGACUUUCAUAUUCAGGGAAGAAAACUCAUUGAUGCGCUCAUCUCUAGAUCUCUAGGCCCUGAUGCAAACCAUUCGAUGUUGACGACAUAGGUGCUGCUGUGUGUAGGAGUCAUUAACUUUAUGUUCUUGAUGUCAGAACACAUAUGGUGGAUAACAGAUAUAACCUGACUGCACUGUACAACUUUACAUUUCCAGGCAUUAUGAAACGAAAAGAUGCUGUGUAGUUUACAUAAAGGGAGCAAACUCCACCUGGUCCUGUUGAAUAAUGAUUGACAGUUACGCUUGUUAUUCAACAGUGUUUUAACCUGUAGGACACGGAGACUGUGUCUUAUGUCCUGAAAAAUACAAUCUGUCCACUUCUAAUUAGUUUACUUGUUGAUACAACUUCCUGUGGUCUAUUUUCAGUGUUGGAAUAAUUAGUAAUGCUUUGAUUUUACAGGUCUGUGAUUUCCUAAGUUCCAAGAAAGUUUGCUAGAAAUCCAGAAAGUAAUUUAGAGGGCAUACUCAGAGCCUGUCAGCUAUUGAUCUGAAGACGAUUUAGCCUCUGGGGGCAAUUGCCAAUUUUUUAGGGGUUCCAGUGUAGCAAUCGUGCCAAUCAUCAUUUACAGUUUGAUUACCAACUUGAGACAGGUCCUGACAACACGUUGGCUGAUUUCUAUAAACAGAUAUCUUCAUAUAUAUAUGCAGAUAAAUUACUAAAAAGCCAAUAAAAAGCGAAAUUUAUUCCAAGAUUGCAUUUCAGCCAAUGUGUUCCACCUCUUUGCUCUCUACAUGGACUGUUCACCUGCAGGCAACCAAAGCCUGCUCAACCAUGUUGUGCAAUGCUCCUCUACAAACAGAAACCAGAAAACAUUCGAUACCAAAAUUCUUGUUCUGUUGCCUUCAGAGUCUGUAUUCAUGUGCAAAUAUCUGUUUAUAGAGAUAAAUAACAGGGAAAAUAGAAGAUUCUGAGACAGUUGUGUUGAGUUUAUGAGCAGUUAUUGAUUUUCAGGGCAGUUGAUCCAUUUAAAAAACGAAUACUCCACUGCCAAAUGUCCAUCGGUAUAUCAGUUACUCACAGCAGCACAUUACCUUAAAUUUGUGAAGUGCACUUUGUUUUUCUCGCAUGCCUUCAUCGUGAACCAAGAAUCCAAAAACUGGGAAAAUUCUUGUUGUAUUGAAGUCACAGAGGAUGAAACUUAACAACAGUCAAACUCAAAACAUCUAUUUACAAACUCUCACAUCAUUCCUACAGUAUCAUCCAUGUAUGCUCGGUACUUUACAAGCACAUACAUUUGUGCAAAAACAUCAUGUUUUAAAACACCUCGGUACAAACAGUCUCAUGCACGGCUGAGUCGUGUGUUUGGACAUGUGCUCACGCAGAGCGACUCGAAGGUGGAAGUGUUUCACAAUGUAAAGUUGAAGUGAAACUGCCUGUGUAUAGGAAGUGCUGAGCAUACGACUGGAUAAACGAGACUUGGAUUAUUCUGUUUGUAAGAGAGUGUUCGCCUUUUUUGGAUUCUCCGCUCAGCGUGAAGACAUGCGAGAAAAAACACAGGUUUCUUUACAGAUUUAACAUAACGUGCUUUGAGUAACGUACAAAUGUACAACAGUCAUUUUGUGGGUGAAGUAUUAUUAAACGCAAAUAAAUACACUCACUUUAUUAGGUACACCUGUACAAUCUAAUGCAGUCCAAUAUUUUUCUGACAUAAAUUCGACUUGUAUGAUGCUUUAUGACGUAGAGGUGUUAAUUCAGUGAUAUGUUUUAGCAUUCAUGUUAUUUAAUGUAAAUAGAGAGGACAAAAAUUAGGAACACCUCUCAGUAUUGAUAACUAGGGCUCAGUGAUAUCGAGAAGUUCAAAUAUCAUAAUAGUUUUGAUAUUGAGACGAUAUUGUAGGGUUGACUGUCGACUGGAAAAUAUUAAAACAGCUACAACAGUCUGGUAGGUUCAGAAAAUAACAUCUUUUUACUGUAAUGCAGCUUUUUAAACCAAGAAAAGACAACACUUCAGAUAUUACGAUACCCAAAACUUAGUCUCAUGUCACAGUAUUGAUACAGUGUCGAUAUAUUGCUCGGCCCUAUUUACAACACUGCUUUUUUAUCAAUGACCUUAGUGAUAAAUGCAUUGAAUUCACACGUUUCAGACAAAAACUAAACAUUAUAAAGUUUGUUAAGUGGAAUUUAUGGCGGAGCUGUGGCAUUGAGUUGCAGAAGAUUGUACAGGUGUAUCUAAUAAUAAUAAUUAUAAUAAUAAAGGGACCACUGGGUGUCUUCAUUCUUUAUAUUUGUCAUGUGAAACUUAAUUCUCUACGUUUGAUUUAAGAAGAUUUUUACAUUUCUGUAUGUGCACCUGACCCACUGAGCCGCUACUGAAGAUGAUCCUGCUUAUGUGAACAUUUGAUUUCAAAUAUUUAAUCAGAAGUUUAUUGAUCAUCUGUCUCAAUUUUCCUCAUAAGUACGAGAUAACAUUCUGCUGUAUAGCGUCUUUCUGAGAACUCAAAGGAAACUAUAGGACCCAUAAAACACAGCGUUACUAAAACCUUAACUUCAUCAUGGGUUGAUUGUAGCAGUGCUGGUCUGACUGCCUUUUAACAAUGAGAUUAAAAGAGCUGCUAAUUUAAAUUGUGCCAACUAUGAUGUGUAUUAUGUGUCUUGUACUACAUGAGAUUGAAAUUGUUGUUUAUUUUCUUACUGCUGAUUUGAAUUAAUGGUGGAAUAGAGCCAGAAAUAAAGUUUAAUUUGUAACUGA